AUGACGUCUGAAGAGUCCCAGAUUUCUGAAGAACUGAAGGGAUGUUACGAGAAUCUUAUUGUUAUCGAUAUUGGUGCAAACUUGACGAACAAGAAAUACGGCCGUGAUCUGGAUUCUGUUAUUCAAAGGGCAAAAGACGCAGGAGUCCAAAAGAUAAUGGUCACGGGAACAUCGGUUAGGAGCAGUAAAGAAGCACUCAGGCUCACUCGACUCUACCCGAGCACUAUAUAUUCUACAGCAGGUGUACACCCACACGAUGCAAAAUCAAUGGUAGAGGAGGAAUUGUGGGCCGAGUUACAGGCCACGGCUUCUGCGCCUGAGUGUGUAGCGAUAGGGGAGUGCGGACUGAACUACAGUAAGGACUUUUCCGAACCGAAGGUGCAGAGGGAAGUUUUUAAACGGCAGGUUGAAAUCGCGUGCGAAUUACAAAAACCGUUAUUCGUACACGAGAAAGAGGCACAAGACGAUCUAACAACGAUUUUAGACGAAUUCGGGAACAAAUUACCGCCCGUUGUCAUACACUCGUUUACGGGAAGUGUGGAACAAGGAAUCAAAUAUAUAGAAAAAGGCUUCUAUAUUGGUAUAACAGGGUAUAUUUGCAAGGAUAAGUCUGAUGGUGGCAUUAGAAGACUUCUGUCGGAGAGAAUUCUACCUCUGGACAAGUUGCUGGUGGAGACCGAUUCGCCCUUCAUGUAUCCUAACAUGCGGGCUUCGAAACUGCCGUUGCACGUCAAGGAUUCGCUUACGGAGAGAUCCCAGAACUUCGUGAAUCGUUAUUGCACCUUCCAACGUAAUGAACCGUGUGCCUUACCCGCUAUAGUUGAACUCGUAGCUGGCUUCAGAGCUGAGAAGCCGGAGGACGUAGCGCUUGCUACUGCAUUCAAUGCGCUCAAGAUCUUCGGGCUUAGCCAGUAA